UUUUCGAAAUAUUCAGGUGUACCUGACAGGUAUUUUAUGCGUUUUGGAUCCUAAAACAGGCCGGGUUUUGAACGCAUCUGUCAAUAUGGCUUGUAUUGACUGCCUUGGUCGGACCCCGUUCGGGUCCCUGCUGGCUAUGAUCAUUGUGAUCGUGGGGGUCUGCGUCUUCUGUGGCACAUCCUAUCAGGCCCUCAAAAUCUUCAUCGAUGACAUCCUCAACGAUUUGUUUAACUUCAAAGUGGGAUGGCUGGAGGUUAUCCAGGUGGUGUUUGUCGUGCUGGCUGUUAGCAUGGGAGUCUUCGCUAUCAUCCUUCUCAUCUUUGGGCUGCUCGCUACCGGAGCAACAAGGCAGAAUGUGUACUCCGGAGCCAAGUGUAUCAUGGGAGGCAGAAUAUCUGCAGCUUUCUUCAUGGCGAUAUCGUACAUUCUGAAUUUGGCCUGGAUCAUCAUCAUGUCAUUCUCCGUCGUCCCGAUGAUAAUGUAUGGAGCACUGGCAGCCAUUUGCAAUCACGAGGUCUACAGCCGUAAUGCACAGACAAUUAACUACUGCUUCAACCUCACUCAGUUUGGUAUCUACCGGAAUAAGAGGAUGUGUAUAUGUCUACAAAAUGAACUGAAGAGGAUGUGUGUUAAGACAACAGAAGCUGGUCCUUUAUUCUGUGUGGCCUACAUCAGUGCGCUGCUCAUUGUUUUGGGGAUGAUUCACUUCAUGAUAUGUCUGGCAUCCAACUACACACGCAUCAGGAUAUCGAAGGAACUGACGGAAUACAGAGACGCCGUUGAGAUGGAGGAGCUCGAGAUCCAGAGCGUGGACCGGCUUCAGAAGGGUCCUCCGCCCUACCUCGGCGAUUGAGCAACAGAGAGUAGGAACUAGAAUGGGAAGAGAGAACACUGGACAAAUGAGAUUCACUGUUUCUAGUUCAGGUCACCUCCAGUUUGUGUAUCAGCUGUCAGCAGUGGCCAUAAUUCCAUACCGGAAAUAGUAAUAGUAAUACAACUAGUAAUUUAAUUACUUACCCACAUAAAAAUAUUUUAAAAUUGUAGUACUGAUUUUGAUUGAUAAUGUAAUUUUUAGACUUUU